GAAGCGGAGGCGGGGUGGGGUGGGGGGGAGGGGCCGCGGGAACGGAUGGCGGCCUGGGCCCCGUAGCAGCGGCGGCUCUACGGCCCGGGGCCCCGGGCCAGCGGAGGUGGCGGCUCCCGGGACCGGCCGCGCGCAAUGAUGUUGUCCACUGGGCAUGUACUGACCAAUGUGGCAGGUCUGAGAACAUAGCUGAAGCUGAAAAUAGGAAAGCUGGGGCAAGGAAGAGCCUUGAAUCUUGAGGUGGGACGUUGACUCUAAGAUGUCCUUGAGCAGUGGAGCCUCCGGAGGGAAAGGAGUGGAUGCAAACCCGGUUGAGACAUACGACAGUGGGGAUGAAUGGGACAUUGGAGUAGGGAAUCUCAUCAUUGACCUGGACGCCGAUCUGGAAAAGGACCAGCAGAAACUGGAAAUGUCAGGCUCAAAGGAGGUGGGGAUACCGGCUCCCAAUGCUGUGGCCACACUACCAGACAACAUCAAGUUUGUGACCCCAGUGCCAGGUCCUCAAGGGAAGGAAGGCAAAUCAAAAUCCAAAAGGAAUAAGAGUGGCAAAGACACUAGCAAACCCACUCCAGGGACUUCCUUGUUCACUCCAAGUGAGGGGGCAACUAGCAAGAAAGAGGUGCAGGGACGCUCAGGAGAUGGUGCCAAUGCAGGAAGCCUGGUUGCUUCCAAGGGCUCAGAGAAGGCGGCUAAGGCAUCCCGCAGUAUAGCCGGCUCCAAAAAGGAGAAAGAGAACAGCUCAUCUAAGAGCAAGAAGGAGAGAAGCGAAGGAGUGGGGACUUGUUCAGAAAAGGAUCCUGGGGUCCUCCAGCCAGUCCCCUUGGGAGCACGGGGUGGUCAAUAUGAUGGAAGUGCAGGGGUGGAUACAGGAGCUGUGGAGCCACUUGGGAGUAUAGCUAUUGAGCCUGGGGCAGCGCUCAAUCCUUUGGGAGCUAAACCGGAGCCAGAGGAAGGGGAGAAUGAGUGUCGCCUGCUAAAGAAAGUCAAGUCUGAAAAGAUGGAGUCCCCUGUCUCCACACCAGCAGUGCUGCCACUACACCUUUUGGUACCAGUGGUCAGUAAUGACAUCUCAUCUCCCUGUGAGCAGAUCAUGGUUCGUACCCGAUCAGUUGGGGUCAACACAUGUGAUGUGGCUUUAGCCACCGAGCCUGAGUGCCUGGGUCCCUGUGAACCUGGGACAAGUGUCAACCUUGAGGGCAUCGUGUGGCAAGAAACAGAAGAUGGGAUGUUGGUAGUGAAUGUAACAUGGAGGAACAAGACAUACGUAGGUACACUUCUUGACUGCACACGGCAUGAUUGGGCACCCCCCAGGUUCUGUGACUCUCCCACCAGUGACUUGGAAAUGCGAAACGGUCGGGGUAGAGGCAAACGCAUGCGUCCCAACAGUAACACACCUGUCAAUGAGACAGCAACAACCUCUGACAGCAAAGGGACCAGCAGCAGCAGCAAAACCCGAGCAGGAGCCAAUAGCAAAGGCCGUCGGGGCAGCCAGAAUUCUUCAGAGCACCGCCCACCUGCCAGUAGCACCUCUGAGGACGUCAAGGCCAGCCCUUCCUCAGUGAAUAAGCGGAAAAACAAACCCCUUUCAGACAUGGAGCUGAAUUCUAGCUCAGAGGACUCCAAAGGGAGCAAGCGUGUCCGUACGAAUUCCAUGGGCUCAGCCACUGGCCCCCUCCCUGGGACCAAGGUGGAACCCACUGUUCUAGAUAGAAACUGUCCCUCCCCAGUCCUGAUUGACUGUCCCCACCCAAACUGUAACAAGAAGUAUAAGCACAUCAAUGGACUUAAGUACCAUCAAGCUCACGCCCAUACAGAUGAUGACAGUAAGCCAGAAGCCGAUGGAGACAGUGAGUACGGAGAGGAGCCCAUACUCCAUGCAGACCUCGGGAGCUGCAAUGGUGCCUCUGCCUCACAGAAAGGUUCCUUGUCCCCUGCCCGCUCAGCUACCCCCAAAGUUCGGCUCGUAGAGCCCCAUAGCCCUUCUCCUUCAAGCAAAUUCAGCACAAAAGGUCUGUGUAAGAAAAAGUUGAGUGGGGAAGGGGACACAGACCUUGGGGCCUUAUCCAAUGAUGGCUCUGAUGAUGGACCCUCAGUUAUGGAUGAUACAAGCAAUGAUGCCUUUGAUUCUUUGGAAAGGAAAUGUAUGGAAAAAGAAAAAUGUAAAAAACCCUCUUGUUUGAAACCUGAAAAGAUGCCUUCCAAGAGCUUAAAGUCAGCCCGGCCCAUUGCCCCGGCCAUCCCCCCACAACAAAUCUACACCUUCCAGACAGCCACCUUCACAGCAGCCAGCCCAGGCUCCUCCUCGGGCUUGACCACCACAGUGGUCCAAGCCAUGCCCAACAGCCCCCAGCUCAAGCCCAUUCAGCCCAAGCCCACUGUGAUGGGAGAACCUUUCACAGUCAACCCUGCCUUGACUCCAGCCAAGGAUAAGAAAAAGAAAGACAAAAAAAAGAAGGAGUCUUCAAAGGAACUUGAAAGUCCUCUGACUCCUGGCAAGGUCUGUCGAGCAGAAGAAGGCAAAAGCCCAUUCAGGGAAUCAUCAGGAGAUGGGGUGAAAAUGGAGGGGCUCCUAAAUGGCUCAUCAGACCCCCACCAAAGCCGACUGGCCAGCAUCAAGGCUGAAGCUGAUAAGAUAUACAGCUUCACAGACAAUGCCCCCAGCCCUUCCAUUGGAAGCAGUAGCCGCCUAGAGAGCACUACCCCUACCCAGCCCAUGACUCCCUUACAUGUAGUGACUCAGAAUGGAGCUGAAGCCAGCUCCGUCAAAACCAACAGCCCUGCCUACUCCGACAUCUCUGAUGCUGGGGAGGACGGGGAGGGCAAAGUGGAUAGUGUCAAAUCAAAGGACCCUGAGCAGUUGGUGAAGGAAGGGGCUAAGAAAACUCUUUUCCCCCCUCAGCCACAGAGCAAAGACUCCCCAUAUUACCAAGGCUUUGAGAGUUACUACUCUCCAAAUUACGCACAGUCCAGCCCAGGGACGCUGAACCCCAGCAGCCAGGCAGGAGUGGAAAGCCAGGCCCUGAAGACAAAAAAGGAUGAGGAGCCUGAGAGCAUAGAGGGGAAAGCGAAGAAUGAUGUCUGUGAGGACAAGAAGCCAGAGCUGAGCAGUUCCAGUCAGCAGCCCUCUGUCAUCCAGCAACGUCCCAACAUGUACAUGCAGUCCCUGUACUACAACCAGUAUGCCUAUGUGCCCCCCUAUGGCUACAGCGACCAGAGUUACCACACCCACCUCCUGAGCACGAACACAGCUUACCGGCAGCAAUAUGAGGAACAGCAGAAACGGCAGAGCUUGGAGCAGCAGCAGCGGGGACUGGACAAGAAGGCAGAGUUGGGCCUGAAGGAGCGGGAGGCAGCACUCAAGGAAGAAUGGAAGCAAAAGACGUCAAUUCCACCAACUCUCACCAAGGCUCCCAGCCUGACAGACCUGGUGAAGUCAGGACCCAGCAAGGCCAAGGAGCCAGGGGCUGACCCUGCCAAGUCAGUCAUUAUUCCCAAGUUAGAUGACUCUUCCAAACUCCCCAGCCAGGCCCCAGAAACACUUAAAGUGAAGCUGAGUGAGGCCAGCCACCUAGGCAAGGAGGCUUCUGAGGCUAAGACAGGUGCUGAGUGUGGCCGACAGGCGGAGGUGGAUCCAAUACUCUGGUACCGACAGGAAGCUGAGCCCCGGAUGUGGACAUAUGUUUAUCCUGCCAAGUACUCAGACAUCAAGUCAGAAGAUGAGAGGUGGAAAGAGGAGCGGGACCGCAAAUUGAAGGAGGAAAGGAGUCGGAAUAAGGACUCUGUCCCCAAGGAGGAUGGGAAAGAAAGCACAAGUAGUGACUGCAAGCUGCCCACUUCUGAGGAAUCCCGCCUUGGGAGCAAGGAGCCCCGACCAAGUGUCCAUGUGCCUGUGUCCUCCCCCCUCACCCAGCACCAGUCCUACAUCCCCUACAUGCACGGCUACUCCUACAGCCAGUCCUAUGACCCCAACCACCCCAGCUACCGGGGCAUGCCUGCUGUGAUGAUGCAGAACUACCCAGGUUCCUACCUACCUUCCAGCUACUCUUUCUCCCCAUAUGGCAGCAAGGUCUCAGGGGGUGAAGAUGCUGACAAGGCACGAGCCAGCCCCAGUGUCAGUUGUAAAUCCAGCUCAGAGUCCAAAGCCUUGGACAUCUUACAGCAGCAUGCCAGUCACUACAAGAGCAAGUCUCCCACGAUAAGUGAUAAAACUUCUCAGGAGAGAGAUCGGGGAGGCUGUGGGGUGGUUGGGGGUGGUGGCAGCUGUAGCAGCAUCGGAGGAGCAGGUGCCGGUGAUAGGAGUGUAGACCGGCCCCGCACCUCUCCUUCCCAGCGCCUGAUGUCCACACACCACCACCACCACCACUUGGGGUACUCGCUGCUCCCAGCACAGUACAACUUACCCUAUGCGGCAGGGCUUUCUUCCACAGCCAUUGUGGCCAGCCAGCAAGGCUCAACUCCCUCACUCUACCCACCGCCCCGGAGGUGAGAAUGAACACCAAGUGCCGGGAUAAAGUCAGCUUCACGGGCCGGACUGGCUCACCCAAGGAGGUGCUGGAGGUGCCAUUAAUACAUCAGUUAAAUGGUGUUGAUCAUCCUGUUUGCCGUGUCCCCACCAUGACCGAAGGCAGACCCUUGGCUAUCUCGCCUCCACCAGGUCCCGGACUCCCCCACCCUCCCUCUUCCUCAGAAGCUGGAGAGCUGGUACUUAGCAAAAAUAUUUAUUCUCUUGGCCACAUUUGUGACUGCUGUGGCCUCUGUGGAGAUGAAGGCAUGGGAGCAACCAGGGAAACAUGGCCUCAGCCCAGAGAAGUCACUGCUCUGUUCCCCAGCCCCUGGUCAGCUGCCGGAGGAGUACCAACCCCCCCCCCCCCCAGGGAGGGACCCCCAAGCACUGGGUAAGGUCUGAAGACAGCACAGCAGCCAUUCCCUCUCACCGUCAUUACCACCAUCACCAGAUCCUGCAUCUCCCCAGUGGUUUGAGCCCUGGGAACUGACAGCACGUGGAGAAAUUAGAAUCUCAGGAAAGAAAUUGGGGGCUGUUUUCUCUAUAAUUGUGAAAACAAGGUCUUCAAACAUGAAGACUUCUCCCCUCUCACAUGAGCACAUAUAAAUGCUCAGAGCCCAGCCUGGAAAAGAAGACCAUGGCACUUGCCCAGCAUGGCCUUGGGCCGCUGGUCAGGCAGAGGGCUGGGGGUCCCCACACCAGCACAGGGCUCCCCAGGGGUACUGGGAGUAAGCUGGAGCUGGAGCAUGAAUGGAGUCUGUGAAAUAGAACUGCAUCCCCACUAAGUCCUGCUGCUUCUUAGCCCUCAACACCUGGCCCUUUCUCUCUUCUCUCCUGACCCCUGUGCCCAGGGGGAUUCUCACACUGAUCUCUCCUCUUCUUUUCCACUGCUUGGCUCUUAAGACUCAGGCAGGUAAAAUAGUAUUCCCCGGCCUGGGGAGCUUCGGAGUCUGCCAGGGGUCCUCAGGGCAAGGCCCGGGGGGCAGUUCUUAAAAAAUGUCCUGUCCAUUCAGCCAUCAUUUAGGGUCACAAAUAUAUACAGCCAGGUUCCUCUGUAUACAAGUAUAUGGUUUUAUAUAGCUCAGUCUGUAACCCCAUGUGUGCCAAUAUGAGCCGUGUCUUUGUAACACACGUUUUUGUUUUAGGAGACACUGACCAUGGGAGGUUGUGUUCCUUAGACCUGGGGUAACAUAUUCAAGCCAUUACUCCUGAGCCACAGAGUGUACUCAGUGGGAGCUGUGCUUUGAGGCAGCAGACAUUUCUCUGCUCUCUCAGUCCAGGCUCUGUGCUCUUUGUACUGGGAAGAGACAAUGCUUUGGUAGCUUUAUUGGAGUCACUUCUUCCCCAUGGUGUGGGAAGCUUUAGGUCUUACUUUGCUUUUGAGGUAUCAUCCUUUUGUUGUUCUCCUCUCCUAUCUGUCCUUGACCUGGAUUGACAGAAAAAUAAAGACUGACAGACACCAGCCUAGGCUACACAGGGGUAUUAGUGACCAGAGUGCCAAAAGUGACCAUUUAAAGCAGGUACUUGGCUCUGACAGUGUGGGGCAUGGAGGUGGAGGGCAGUUAGCACAAUGUCCAGCAAAGGCUGCUUUCCAAGGUCCCAGAGCCCUACUCUAGAGGGGCUUAGGGUCAUUUGCCCAAGAGGAGCCCCUCUGACCUACAGACCUUUCCUCUAGGUUUCACAUUCUCGUUUUUAUUCAAGGUGGGUUCUGAGCCCAUCCAAAAAUCUCACCAUUUUAGACCUCUUAGCAGGCCCCCAAGAAGCCUCCCUCUACUCCAUCAUUCCCUCUGCCUCCUGCUGCCCCAGUGGGCAGUGUUCUGAACAGUGGAAGUGACACCCCACCUAACCUGAGUCACCACUAAGAGGAUGACUGAAUUUCAGCCUGAUUAUGCCCUCCCACACUCCUGUGGGGUGAAGCCAAGGGCCUGUCUCUGUUCCUGUUUGUUUUUAAAUAUUGUUGUGUGUUUUGUAACUGUGGCGCUGGCUUACAGCGUGAUCUGUACAUAUUGUAAAGAAACCAUUUGAAGUAAUUUUUUUCCCAUCGGGCAGGCAUGGCCUGCAUUCUUGCGCUUUCCACUUUGUUCUGUAACACAGAGAAGAAAUUUCAAAUUAGCAGGGCAGCCUUGGGUUCUACAGAAGGGAACAGCUUUUUCUUUUGUUUUCUUUUCCCCUAUAAAACUUUUGGCUCUUGGAUCCUUAUAUCCAAGUUUCCCUUGAAGAGUGGGAGCUGAGCUGCCCAGAAGAGUGGGUAAAAGCCAGGAAUGGCAGAAUAGCACUGCCUUUUCCUGAUCCCUGAUCCCCCUGCUCUCAGAUCCUUGCCAGGUCCAAUCUUCCUUCCCUGGAAUAGCACAAAGCAGCAGCAGCAGCAAUAGAGGAAACAGAUCCUUGACGAGUGCUGAGUGAAGGAUUUGCUGUCCACCUCCAGCCUCUCUACAUGGGAAGGAGGAACACAAGUGA